AAAGGCGGCAACCAAACCUGUUCCAGAGAAGCAGACGACGAUGGCGACAAUGACCAUGACCAUGCUGGGGCCUCGGCGGCUUCUGCUUGCGCCGAGGCAACAGCUCUUCCGAAGCAGCGUCGCUUUCCCGCGCUUCAACAGCACUGCUGCGCCAUCACCACCACCACCACCACCACCACCACCACCAUCUACUACAUCUCGUCAGCAAGACGAAUCGGUGCUGGCGACGUACGAUGGCCCCAUGACGCGCAUCUUUGGCCGGCUCAAGCUCUUCUCGCUCGCCUCGCUGAGCCUCUCGACGUGCGCCUCUCCCCUGCUCCUCUUCGGCGGCGCCGAUGUGCCCAUGGCGACGCGCCUCGGCCUCAUCGCGCUCGCCAUGAGCACCUCGGGCGUGAGCACCGCCAUGGUCGCCUGGAUCGCCAAGCCGUACGUGGCGCAGAUGCUCCUCGUCGCGCCCGGCAGCGGUAGUGUCACAGCAGCAUCGCCCACGCUCGAGAUGCGCACCACCAGCUGGCGCCUCCGCCCGCUCCAGACGACCAUCUUUGAGCCGAGCCUGAUCCGGGCCACGAGCCGCCCCUUUGCGACGUGGGAGCUGCCCGCAGCGCUGCCGCCGCCGCCGGCCCACAUCGAGCAAGAGCUCGAGCGGACGGGCGCAAGCGUGACGAAGCUCUUGGCCGAGACAAAGGACAUGAAGACGGGAAAGACAGUCGGGCGCUACUGGGCCACCUGGGACAAGGACGAGGCCGCGAGCGCAAAGGGCCAAGAGGGCAAGCAGUGCGCGCAGGAGGGCAACGUCGUCCGCCACUUCAACGUCCAGGAGGACCUCCUCGGCGAGGACUGGCAGGUUCUGUAAUUGUAUCAUCUCAACACUGUCUCAUCACUACUCAGCAUCAUCAUACAAAUACAAAUA